CGUUCGUUCCACUGCCCCCUUCUAGUACACUGUACCUGUGUGCUGCGUUACAGCGAAGUGUAGCUGCGUUGUGCGGCCUGCAUUUUGACCAGUUACUCGCCUUAAUAUACGAUACAACAGCCGGUGCUGCUUCGCGAGACCAGGCAGAACCAUGGCUAUGUACAAAGGAGCUGCCAGCGAGGCUGGCCGUGCAAUGCAUCUCAAGAAGAAGCGCGAGAAAGCAUUGGAAGAAUUGGAACUGCGAAAGAAAAAGAUCGAAGAAGAGCUGAAGAUCUCUACGAUGGAGAACAAGUUCGCUGCACAUUACGACGCCGUGGAGCAGCAGCUUAAAUCGAGUACGAUUGGGCUUGUCACCCUUGAUGAAAUGAAGGCUAAGCAAGAGGAUGUAGUGAAAGAACGGGAACGUCAACUAGCACAGCGACAACAAGAACGUGAGCUUCAGCGCCAGCGCGAAAUUCAGAAAAAACGGGAGCAGCAAGAGAGGCAAAGAAGACAGAUUGCUGCACUGUCAUUCAAGCUGGACGACGAGGAGGAAGAAGAGGAGGAGGACGCAGAAGAAAACAACAACUGUGAAGAAGAGAAGGAAGAGAAAGAGGAUUCACCGGAAACAAAGGAUGAGCAGGAUGAAGACGGAGAUGGUGCCGACUACGAACCACCUUCAAAACGAAAGUUGGGCAAAAACCCCGAUGUGGACACCAGCUUCCUUCCAGACAGAGAACGAGAAGAAGAUGAGAAACGGAUCAGAGAAGUGCUUCGCAUGGAGUGGGUACAGAAACAACAGCAACUCAAAAACGAAGACAUUGAGAUCACCUUCAGCUACUGGGACGGCUCGGGCCAUCGAAAAGUGGUGCGCAUGAAGAAAGGGAACAGCAUCUACCAGUUCUUGCAGAAGUGCCUGGAGGUCCUUCGAAAGGAGUUCUACGAGUUACGGGCAGUUACGGCAGACCAGCUGAUGUACGUCAAGGAGGACUUGAUCAUCCCACACCACUACACAUUUUACGACUUCAUCGUCACUAAGGCUCGCGGGAAGAGUGGGCCGCUGUUCGCCUACGAUGCGAGGGAGGAUGUGCGGUUGACCAACGAUGCGUCAAUUGAGAAGGAAGAGUCGCACGCGGGCAAAGUUUUGCUACGCUCGUGGUACGAGAGGAACAAGCACAUCUUCCCGGCGUCCCGAUGGGAGCCUUACGACCCUGCACGCUCGUACGAGCGCUACACAGUGUCUGACAAGAAAAAGUAGCCCUGUGCUGCCAUCCAGCU